GUGUCAGUGCGUGCUGCUGUCGUCGUCGUUGUCGUUGCAAAGAGGAAGCAGCAACAGCAGCCAAAGGCGAACGACGGACGCGAAAAAGGAGUCCAAGAGCUCAAGAAGUUGUAGGGAACGGCAAAAGCGUUACCGGAACGCUGCAACAGCAAAGCAUCAAAUACAUACAGCUCAAUAAUAAUAAUAAUAACAGCAACAACAACAAUAAUAAGAAGCACACAACUAAGGUGUUGCCAGUGAUCCCGUUCCCUCCAUCCCACACACACAGACAAUGCAGCAACAAGAAUCCGGGGGCGAGGAGAGCUGGCUGGAGGAGCAAUGCCAUCGCGAAAUCAACGGCCAGAACGAUGAAUACGAGCGCGAGUUUGUGCGUCAGCGCGACAACUAUUUAAGCACCGUCUGGGGCGCAUUCCAGGACUCGGCCACUGCAGUUGCACAGCUCUAUCGCGAGCGCUCUUCCAACACAUUUUCUUCAGAGACUGGGGCGCUCUGGCUGCCCUUUCAGACCGCAGCUGGCACUGUGACAACACUCUACAAAGAAUCAUGUGAUGGUCUCAAACGCACCAGCGACGCUGCCAUACAAUGCGGCUACCAAAGACGCACACGCGAAUUGGCCGAUUGGGCACGCAGCAAAAAACGACGCAUGAUACGGCGCGAGGAUUUGCUGGCGUAUUUAGCCGGAAAGCCGCUGCCAACUCAACCAACGAAUCCACAUGCCAAUCGUCGGUCGCCUAAGCCGGAGCAUCACCAAUGCGGCGGAGUGCAUCAUCAUCAAGUGAACGGUAGCCCCAAUAGCGUCACUGGCUCGGCGAUAGGCUUUGCCAGCAACGGACUGAACAUGAUGCCACCCACAACGGCCGGCGGUCAGCCAACGCAUUUGCUUAACGCCGCCGGUGGUCAGGCGGCGACAGUGGGUGCCACAGGCGGCACGGGCGGCAUCAUCGGUGACGAUCUGCACACUUUCAAGGAGGCCUUAGUUCUGCGUCCACGCGGACCGGAGCUAUUUGCAUUUGUUGCCAACGAAAUCGCGCGCCAUUGCAAGCGUCCCGGCAGUCCCAUCGACGACAAAAUGGACAUUUGCCAUUACAGCAGUAAACGUCAGCGCUUUAUGUAAUCAGCAUCCAGCGGCAAUCAGUAGAGGGUGUACAUGCACACACACAUACACCACACACACACACACAUACUCACACACAUACACUCGUAC